AUGGAUCAGUUUCCAGAGUUACGACAGGUUUUGGAACUAUGUCAAGUGAAUAUUCAUCGGGUGCAAGAUGAUUUUCCAUUACCCUCACGUUCAGCAGCACCCAAAGGUACAAUGAGCAGUGAAACAAGACUCAGUCUUCUGAAAAAGCUCGGUUUGACAACAGAUUCAACACCAUUAAGUGAAGAGAAAGGACUUCCUUCAAUUUCAAAUAAUAUUAAUCAACUGCCAUCGAUGAAUGAUCGGAACACAAUCAAUCAAUCCAACAAUCAAAAGCAAGCCAAACAAGAGACAAUCAACUCUUCGCAAACUUCAUCGACAGAUAAAGGCGAAGAUGCUAGAAAAAGAGCAAACCUUGAAAAACAAGUUCAAAACGUAACACAAGAAAUGUUCCCAUCGGCAAACCCCUAUGAAACUGGUUCAAACUCUCAACCAACCGAUUUUCAUACAGAGAUGGAUAUGAUGAUGCAAAUGAAACUCAUGCAAGAACAUCUACGUCAACAGCCAAAUCUGCUCGAUCUCUACAAAAACAUCAGCAAUCAAAAUGCAUCAACUGCCCGUCCAGGCAAACUAGAUAGACGACCGGCAUUAGAGCAUUUCGGAAAUCAAGGUCGAUGGACUUACGAGAAGCUCCUUGAAAUACCGGCUAUUGCUACCAUGAUCGAUCUUCUCGUGAAAAACUUUCGUUCAAAUUGGGCAACAUUAAUGGACAACAAACAGUUCGGCAUGCAACGUCAAAUUUAUUGGUGUAUCCUCGUUGAUAACUCCGGUUCGAUGAGUACACAUCGAAAUGCUAUCUAUGAAACACUUGUUGUAGUGAUGGAAUCAUUACGCAAACUAGAAAGCACCUUUGCAGUAGCACGUUUCGGUGGUCGCAAAAAUCAAAGAAUUCUCAAAAAUCUCGAAGAUGUAUUCAAUGUUCGAGAUGGUCAAUAUGUUCUGGAAGCAUUGACGUUUGAUGAAGGAACAUAUCCUGCUACUGGUCUUGCCAAUGUGGCUGAGACUAUUUUCCCAAAAAAAGAAAAAGAAUCUUCAAACAAGAAUGGAAUUCUUCGUUUCGUUCUAAUGAUUACAGAUGGACUCACAACGGAAGGAAAUGAUGAAAGUUAUCACCAGACACUCGACGACAAUGGAAUUCAUUUGGGUUUUCUCUUCAUCGAAACAAAAACACAAAGCACAAGUCAAAUUUUACUUCGGGGUUUGAAAGAAACACCGAAUUGUAUUGUCAAAGCAGAGGAUAUCGAUCAACUCCCAACGGAAAUCUCCACUCUGAUGGAUAAGAUGGUUCAAAAAUUUUUUAAAGAACAAUCAUCAACAUCAGGAGAAACGACUUGGCCCACCAUUGACAGUAAAGUACCGAGUGCAAGUAAUCUAUCUUUGGAUCCAGAAUUCACCGUUCUUAAUUGUAAAUAUGAAGCCAAUAAUUCUAUAUCUUACGUGAUCAAUAGUCCAACAGCAUCAAUUCCACGACUUGAUCAGGUGAGUCCAUGUAACUGA